AUGUCACAGAGCCAGGACUCUCAGUUCUCUGACAGCUAUCCUUCAUCCAUUUUCGAGGAUAAUCCUGUGGAUAACCUCACGUUCCUUUCAUCUGAUGAUUUACAGCCAUUCAACCCUGAUACUUUAUAUGGCCAGCACACGCCAGGUUCUACGCCAAACGUUGGGUUCGCCCGGCCAGCGCUUCCGCCCCCCAUCCCCGAGAAACUCGAGCACGUCGGUCCUCGAAAGAAAAAGACCUACGUCCUCUGGACAGAGAUGGCUAAGCCAGCCCUUCAAAAAGGCACGUUUACCCAGCAAGCUUGGAUGGAGAGGAUAAUCACUUUCAUGACUGCUUCACGAUUACCAUUCCAGCUUGUUGAGCACCCACAAUUUCGCGCCCUUAUUGAAAUGGCCCGGCUUGCUCCAUCCUUUCCGGAAAUACCAUCUGCAUAUAUGGUCCGCCGUCAACUUCAAGAAUUAGUUCAAGAACGACAACGCACUCUUCUUCGGACGCUUCCUAUGGAUGCUAAACUUUCCAUUGCACUAGAUUGCUGGACUUCGCCCUUUCGGCAGGCCUUUAUGGCAGUGACAGCCUACUUCCUCGAUAGAGAUUGGAACUAUCGUGAGAUAUUACUUGGCUUUGAACCGCUGCAUGGGGCGCAUACUGGAUCUUAUCUCAGCACAGUUCUGCUGGACUUACUUAAAAAACAUCAGAUUGAAGACCGGGUCUUGACGGUUACCACAGAUAAUGCGUCUAAUAACUCAACGUUAAUGGACAGCAUCCGGGGGACACUCCAGUCACUUGAGCUACCCAACCAUAUGCCAAUCAUUCGUAUGCCAUGCAUUGCACAUGUCAUUCAACUCAGCCUAAAAGAGCUGCUUGGUCAGAUGGAAGCAAAUCCAAGGAACGAAAGAGAAGAGAUGGAAUGGACUAAGAGAGAUGAUGGGACGCGCCGAGAGAACCGCGGAAUCGUGCAGACCCUCUCUAAGGUAAGAUUCGACGGCUCGCGAUCUUCGUCAACAAAAGCCCCCAACGCCGAGAGAAUUUUUUUUGAUCUUCAGACCAAGGAGCCAAAGCUUGUUCCAAUACAAGAUGUCCGGACACGUUGGAAUUCAACUUACUUGAUGCUCCGGCGUGCGAAACGCCUACAGUCUGUUCUUAACGACUUCUGCUCGCAAUACGACAACCAAGAGCUACAACCAAGCCGCGAUGAAUGGAGACAGAUUGACUAUCUUCUUUCAAUCACACAACCAUUCUUCACCUUCACUACAUCCCUUUCCAAGACCAAGGAAAUCACUACUCACAGUGUAUUCGGAAUCUACAACACCCUUUUCUGUCAUUUAGAGAAAUCUAGAGCUCAGCUUGCGCGAAAGAUGGUUGACUGGAAGAAAGUGAUGUUAUCUGCUAUCCAUGCGGCGAGGUUGAAGCUCUUGGAGUACUAUAAGCUGAUCAAUGGGAUUGAUAGUGAUCUCUAUGCAAUUGGUACGAUCCUGGCGCCACAAAAUAAGCUGGAGUUCUUUUCUGGCAAAGACUGGGAACCACACUGGCGUGUCCGUUACCGCAAGAGCUUAGAGAAUUACCUGGUACCAUACCAGCAGCGCUAUUCAGAGACACAGUCCAUAUCGAGUAGCCAAUCCUUGAUAGGAGGAAUCUCUGAUGUUGAUAUCCUCGUGACCUCGACCGCAUCUCUCCGGCCACAGACAAACACUCAUGACGAGCUUUCGCGGUAUCUCGGAAGUAGUACCCAACUAAUGAACCCACGGAUUUACUGGAAGGAACACCAGCAUGAAUUUCCUAUCCUCGCAAGCCUAGCACGCGACGUUCUCACAACUCCUGCUAGUGGUUCUGGCGUUGAGCGGCUCGCUGAAAUCCAAACAAUCCAGGAUAUUAUGUUGUUUAUGUGCACAACAAAGUUUGACAUGGAAUCUGAACAGCUUUCUCUGAUUGACGAUUAUCUCACCACCCAAGAGACGCAAGCAGCAAGGGAGGAAAAGGAUGCUCGGAAGGCUGAGUGUGAAUUUGAUCUCAUCAGUGACAGCGAGGAUGAGCCUUCAGCAGCCAUAUCUCAAACCGUCCAACCGGUGAGUGAGCAUGCGCUUGGUAAAAGACCAUGGGCAGAAAACGUCACAGAAGACCAAGAGCAUGUGAUUGAACUAGAUGAAGAGGAUGAAGUUCCCCUACCUGACAAUAUCCAUAUACAGGGAGAGGGCAGUACUCAGAGGCGUUCAUCAGGACGGCUUCCAAAGCGAUCAAGGCGAGAUGAAGAUUUU